UUGUUCUCAGAAUUCAAAAAUCAUUUUUGGUGAAAAAUGGGUAAACAAAUUUACUUGAGUCUUUUUAUUGUGGGUGCCAUUUUGGCUUGUGAAAUUGGGGCUUCAUCAGACGAAAAUACUAGACCUCACAUACGUAAGAAACGCCUAAUUAAUACAUUACCAGGUGGCAAUAGACCAACGCGGAUCGACCAAGCUCCUCAUCUUGUAUCUGUACAUUUGAAUAACAAUCAUACCUGCUCUGGUACAAUUUUAUACGGAAACGUUAUUUUGGUUAUGGCUGAUGCGUCCACGACGAUGAGCCUCACACCUACAGAGUUCUUUCGGGAACAAAUCGUCGAGAUGCCGGUACAUCUCAUAAUGUGUUAA